AUGCCAGCACACUCAAUCAGCGCACCAGAACCACCACGCCCAGCACCGGACGUGCCUCUAUCAGAAAAAAGCAACGUCAGUCGUCCAAUUGCAAGCUUCGAUAAACCCUACAAACCCACAGUACGGCGUUCCGCCUCAGAACGACCAUCAUCACUCCACCCCCGCCCAUUCACCAAUGACUUCCGUACACCUGGAAAAGGACCAGGAGUCGACGCCCGCCUGACACCAGUAAAACGACCCACCCUCGAUCCACGAACGCCGACGUUGGAGGCCUGGCAAAUCCGUUCAUCAUCACCCGUCAAAGCUCUCGGCACCGCGAACGGGAACACCCGAGUCCGCAGCGUAACGAGCCCUACCACCUCCCGCCGUCCCAGCCUCGAAAAAACGAAAAGCUCACGCACGUUCGAAGACCGAGGAAGAAAAGGAGGAGAUAAACCAUUCAGUUUAUGGGAUUAUUUGUUGUUGGAGUUGAGUGCUACGGAUCAUGAUGCGAGUGGGGUCGAUAUUGCGGUGAAGCAGGAGCGGGUUAGUAAUUUCUUGAAGAUCCCUGGUGCGCUCGAGGAGGUCAUGGCAUUCGGCUGGCUCGUCUGCCUCGAUGCAUUCCUCUACACCUUCACCAUCCUUCCCCUCCGCUUCCUCCUCGCCCUCCCCUCCCUCUUCUCCUCCCUCCUCUCCUAUACCCCCAUCCCCCCCAUCCCCUCCUCCCCACCCUCCCACCUCAAAACCUCCCAAAAACACGACCUCCUCCGCUUCCUCCUCGUCCUCCUCUCCACCUCCUUCCUCUCCCUCUUCGACGCCUCGAAAAUGUAUCACACGAUCCGUGGACAAGCGAGUAUCAAGCUCUAUGUUAUUUUUAAUUUGUUGGAGGUUGCGGAUAGGCUUUGUGGUGCGAUUGGGGUUGAUGUGUUUGAUUGUUUGUUUGGGAGGGGGAGGAGAGGGGGUGGUGAGUCGAGGCGGAGGAGGGGUGUGGAGAGGAUGGGGUUUUUUGUAUUGGGGGUUGCGUAUAAUGUUUUGCAUGCCGUCGUGCUGUUUUACCAACUCGUCGCCCUCAAUGUCGCAGUGAACAGCUACUCGAACGCACUACUGGGGCUACUGUUGAGUAACCAAUUCGUGGAGAUCAAAGGAAGCGUGUUCAAAAAAUUCGAGAAGGAGAAUCUGUUUCAGGUCACAUGUGCUGAUAUCGUCGAGAGGUUUCAGUUGACGCUGAUGUUACUUAUCAUCGCACUUCGCAACACUGUCGAGUUAUCGGCCUCGACUACACUGUCGCUUCCGCUGCUGUUCGAUUUGUUGUCGCCGGUUUUGAUCGUGACGGGUAGUGAGAUGGCGGUAGAUUGGCUCAAACAUGCGUUCAUUACCAAAUUCAACGGAUUACGACCACGGGUGUAUAAACGCUACUUGGACGUAUUAUGUCGCGACUACGUCGUCUCGGAAAACGCGUUCGUUGACCAAAGUCCAGCCGUGGCGAGGAGGAUUGGGUUCGCGAGUUUGCCGUUGGCGUGCGUCACGAUUCGGGCUGGUAUGCAAGUUUGGAGUAUGCUACGAAUCGUGCAUACCUCGAACGUGGUACUAAACCAGACCGGGUCGAGGGUCGAUAAAGUAUUGGCGCACCUCACAUCCUCCGACACCCUCGAAGCCUACAUCUUCUCCCUCACCUCAACCCUCCUCUUCUUCGCCCUUCUUUUUGCCUGCCUCGUCGCGGUCAAACUCGUACUCGGACUCUCACUCCUCCACUACGCACAAAGCCGAUACGGAACGAUGUUGGAGCGGGAAGAGGAGGAGAGGGAGUAUGAGCGGAAACGGGGGAAGGUUGUGGAGAGGGGUGAGGUUGAGGUUGGAGAGUGGGCUAGGGAGUAUAUUAGGCGGGGAAGGGAUGAGGUGCUGGAUGGGGAGGAGAAGAAGACGUUGUGGAGGUUGGAGAGGUGGAGUAUGGUUAGUAAGCGGAUAUGGUAG